AUGCCGAGCCUGUUUGCGAUAGGGGACCACCGUCUCACAACAGUCUUGACGAUGGCUUCUCUAGGCUCUGGUAGACUCUGUGCUCGGGUGCAGGAAAAACUGUGUCAGUGGGGACAAUCGGCUCAAUUCAGGAGGGAAGCGUCCUCCUGUGUGCGGACAAAACUCGGAUUGCAAACCACCCCCAGGAUAGUGACCAAGGAGCACCAGAACCAGCGACAAUCACAGACUUUGGCGGCGGCUGCGGCACAGAGUGUGUCUUCAGGAUGUUGGCAUCCUUGCAGCAGGCCGGAAGUUGCAGCCACAGCGCGCAGUUUCAGCACGAUGAGAACGCAGCAACCUGGUUCCCUCCCCGAAUACCAAGUGGACCCCUAUCACCUUUUAGAAGACGACCUCAAGGACGUUUACGUGUAUAUCCGAGACGCUUUGCGAAGAAGCACUUACCAAGAUGACCUCUACGAGAUAGCUACGUAUUAUUUCGAUGGACAUGGGAAAGCAAUUAGACCAAUGGUGGCUAUCCUCAUGGCUAGGGCGAUAAAUUAUCACAUAUAUAAAGAAAAAAGUGGUCUUUUGACGUCGCAAAGGGAAGUAGCGAUGAUUUCGGAAAUGAUCCACACAGCCUCUCUCGUCCACGACGACGUCAUCGAUCAGUCAGAUUUCCGUCGUGGUAAACCCAGCGUCAACGUGAUGUGGAAUCACAAAAAGGUGACCAUGGCUGGAGAUUUCAUCUUAGCGGUUGCCUCAAUCAUGAUAGCUAGGUUAAAAAAUAACGACGUCACUCUAGUUCUUAGUCAAGUUGUCUCCGACUUAGUUCAGGGAGAGUUCAUGCAACUCGGAUCUAAGGAAACGGAAAACGAACGAUUUGCUCAUUAUCUAACCAAAACGUACAGAAAAACCGCUUCUCUGAUAGCCAACUCUGUAAAAUCUGUGACAAUGUUAGCCGGUGCUGAUGAGCAACUCUCCGAUAUUUCGUACCAAUACGGACGGAAUUUAGGUUUAGCGUUUCAGUUAGUUGACGAUCUUCUCGAUUUUGUCUCGAGUUCUGCAGCCAUGGGAAAGCCCACAGCAGCCGACCUGAAGCUGGGCCUGGCCACAGCGCCCGUGCUCUUCGCUUGCGAAAAAUUUCCUGAACUGAACCCGAUGAUAAUGCGGCGGUUCCAAGAGCCUGGGGACGUGGAAAGGGCGUUUGACCUCGUCCACAAAUCGCGAGGGCUGGAGCAGACGCAGUAUUUGGCCAAGCAGCACUGCCAGGAGGCCGUGAGGCUUGCAAACCUUCUGGAGGAGAGUCCGUACCAAAAAGGACUGAUAGUUGCGGCUGAUUAUGUACUAAACCGCAUGAAAUAGUACACGAGGGUAGUACUUGUGUUGAGUAGGUGUUCUAGUUAUGAAAUUUACUUCGAUAGGUGACGUUAGUUGUAUAUUUUUGUAUUUGUAUGACUAUACAGCUCGAUAUUUAUCACAUCGGCAUUUCAAGACCAGUGUCUUCUAUGUUAGAAAAUUUGAUAUUAUUACACUUUGAAUAAACUAGUUGUUACUGUUGUGUGUGUAAGUGUGUGAACCAAAAAACGAAUGAGUCACUACUGUUAUAAAUAUCCAGUCAUGCCUAGGAUAAGAUUUUGAUGAUGGUAUAACGCUUACAUUUACUGCCAGGAUUUAUUUUUAUUUAUUCAGCAUACCUACACAGGGGUUAUUUAUUUUGAUUCGUUAAUAAAAUGUUAAAAGAAGUAAUUUGGUGUCUGUUUUAAACCGAUAGUUGCUAGUAGGUGCGCUCAAUAGAUUUGAAUAUGUUUCAUGUAUAUAAUUUUAAAAGUAUUAAAGAUAUUUAUGUUAAAAAUAAUAUAUUAAUUACUUGUAAUUUUGUUGAUGAAUCUGAUGUAUAUAAGUUCUUUAACAAGUGUUAUUAUUCCGUCAAUAAUUACGAGCAAUGUUUGCACAAAUGAUGUAUAUAAGCAGUUUUGUUACAAUUAUUAUGUAAAAUAUGAUAUCUAAUAUGUAUAUUUUGAUUUAUCUACAUGUAAAAUUUAUUAAUAAAGUGAACAACUGGUGGGUUUGA